UGAAUUUUUUACUACUUAAAGUUCUGAAAAAAUCCAAUUUAUCCCAUGCUGGUGCAAUUAAUUUGUCAUUGUGCAAUGCUAGAGUAUCAGACAUUUGUGAUAAACAUGAAUUUACGUUAAAUUUUUUGU